AUUGCAGUCUCAACCGCCACCAUGGCUGGACAACAUACUGAAGAUCACAGCUACCAUCCUAAGGAUGCGAUUCAGGCGGCAUUGAAGACCACUAUGCUCACUGGUGGAGUGGGCCUCUUCGCCUCGGCGGUUCAGAACACCCUCGUCAGGAAGAACGUUGGGCCAUGGGGUGUGUUCGUGAGAAGCGGCGGCACAGUCGGUGUCUUCGCGGCAAUGGGAGGUACUUAUGAGUUUGUGAAGACUGCGUCCGCCAACCUACGGGAGAAGGAGGAUCACUGGAACGUCGCAUUGGGUGGUUUCUUCUCCGGUGCAAUUUUGGGUCUACGAGCCCGGACCUUCCCCGCCCUUCUCGGAUACGGCGCUGCUCUGGCAACCUUCAUGGGCGCUUUCGAAUACACCGGUGGAACGUUGUAUGGAUACAAGAAGAACCCUGAAAUUGAUGAGUUUGAACGUCGGGAGCAAUUGAGGAAAGCAUAUAGAACUUCGGGCGAGCAGACUCUUGCCGAAUUGGGUGAGGGACGAGGACUCUACGGCCCUGGCUACGCAGAGAGACGUGCAGAGAGGAUCAAAGAAGCAUACGGUAUUGAGGUUCCCACAUCCCAGGUUCCUGCUUCAUGAAUAUAGUUUGGUUCCAAGUCUCUUUUUUCUCGGUUUGCCGAUUCCCAGUAUCCUUGUGUAAAAUUACCCUUAUAUGUCGAACACGUUUAGCUAGCAAACUUUGGCAAGAUUUCUUACUGGAUGAAUGUUUUUGUUUCUGUUGAGAUUGAUAUGUCUCAAAUUGCCUUGCCAACAUACAAGAGGAUGGGUAGUAUAAUUACAACUGUCAAGUAAGGGACAAUCUGUGCAGUGCUAGCACAUGACAUGCCAGGACACGCCAUGUUUGUUGUUGAAUGCGGACUACAGCAUAGAGGAAGUGAAACCGCGAGGGAUCGUUGAGACAGGAAGCACAUGCGGCUCGAAUCAACUCAACAUAUCAUCAGGGCCCCUCCCUGUGACAGAAUCAAUGCAAUAUUUACCAUGCAGCGAAUUGGCACAUGCCACGAUCCUUGCACUUCUUCCUGUAGGCGCAGGAUGUGGUAUACUAAGUGUCCAUGGCGGAAUAUCUGGGAAUCCGAGAGCGUGACUGACCAAUCACAUGGUCGGCUUAUCAAAUCACUUUGGGAGCCUUGACAUUCAGGAAUC